AUGGCUGCCAGCUGGGCAAAAGGCAGGCCACCUGGAGGGAGCCACAGAGCGGAGCCUGGACCCACUCACGGGCAGCCCAUCGCAGACCUGAGCCCAUCGCAGGAGAAGUCGCUGGCCCAGUUUCGGGAGAACAUCCAAGAUGUGCUAUCUGCCUUGCCCAAUCCUGAUGACUACUUCCUCCUGCGCUGGCUCCGAGCUUGGAGCUUUGACCUGCAGAAAUCAGAGGACAUGCUGCGGAAGCAUAUGGUCCGGAAGCAACAAGACCUGGCCAGCAUCCUUGCCUGGCAGCCCCCAGAGGUGGUCAGGCUGUACAACGCCAACGGCAUAGGCGGCCACGACGGUGAGGGCAGCCCUGUCUGGUACCACAUCAUGGGAAGCCUGGACCCCAAGGGCCUCUUGCUCUCGGCCUCCAAACAGGAGUUGCUCAGAGACAGCUUCCGGAGCUGUGAGCUGCUCCUGCGGGAGUGUAAGCUGCAGAGUCAGAAGCUGGGGAAGAAGGUGGAGAAAAUCAUAGCUGUUUUUGAUCUUGAGGGGCUGGGCCUGAGGCAUCUGUGGAAGCCAGGAAUAGAGCUUCUCCAGGAGUUUUUCUCAGCACUUGAGGCAAAUUACCCUGAGAUCUUGAAGAAUUUAAUUGUUGUGAGAGCCCCCAAGCUAUUCGCUGUAACCUUCAACCUGGUCAAGUCUUACAUGAGUGAAGAGACACGCAGGAAGGUGGUGAUUCUGGGAGACAACUGGAAGCAGGAGCUGACAAAAUUCAUCAGCCCCGACCAGCUGCCCAUGGAGUUUGGAAGGACCAUGACUGACCCCGAUGGCAACUCCAAGUGCCUGACCAAGAUCAACUACGGGGGUGAGGUGCCCAAGAGCUACUACUUGUGCAAUCAGGUGAGGCUGCAGUAUGAGCACACAGUGUCCAUGGGCUGUGGCUCCUCCCUGCAGGUGGAGAACGAGAUCCUGUUCCCGGGCUGUGUGCUCAGGUGGCAGUUCGCAUCGGAUGGCGGGGACGUCGGCUUUGGGGUUUUCCUGAAGACCAAGAUGGGGGAGCGGCAGAAGGCUAGGGAGAUGACGGAGGUGCUGCCCAGCCAGCGCUACAAUGCCCACCUGGUGCCCGAGGACGGGAGCAUCACCUGCCUCAAGGCCAGCAGCUAUGUCCUGAGGUUUGACAACACCUACAGCCUGGUUCAUUGUAAACGCAUCAGCUACACCGUGGAGGUACUGCUCCCAGACCAAACCGUCAUGGAGAAGAUGGAGAAAUUCUAGGUGAACUUCAUGGUCCCCACGCCCUCCUCUUUGAUCUCUGAAUCCACGAUGAGUUCACAGCCUUCCCUGGCCAGACCCUGUUCAACCUCUCAGGAACAGGGAUUCUACAACAGCGGGUCACAGCCUAUGCAUCACAGCUGGCCCACUCCUCAGGAAUGGCUGGGGCAGUGUCCCAAUGGUGGCCCGACGGUCACAGCAAAACAACACAGACACUCCAUCCCGACUAUGACCUGCUGUGACCUCAAGCUCAGCAAAAACCCCAGGCUUUUUUCUAUCAACCAAUAUCAAGAAAUAAAUUACUCUUCUAAAAUAUAG